CAGGCUCUAGCGCAGGGAUCAGCAACCUUCGGCACUCCAGGUGUGGUGAAACUACGACUCCCAGCAUUCACACUUGCUUGACUGUUCUCAGAACUCCCUUAGAAGUGAAUAGAGCAUGCUGGGAGUUGUAGUUUCACCACAGCUGGAGUGCCGGAGGUUGCUAAACCUUGCUCUAGCGGGUCCGUGUGGUUCCUGUAGUGCACUGCUGGCAGCUGAAUGCUCAUGUUUUUAUUAGGAGUGCCCUACUCCUGGUUGUAUACUGAUACUGUAAACUACGCAGCUGAGCAGACCUAUAGAUAGGAAUUCCGGGUUCGGAACUUUCCUCUCAGGCGGACCGUUGUAUCAGGGGCUGGUUUCCGGGGGACUGGCUAUGACGGGACACGGCUGAGGCUCGCAGCAUGGAAGUGAAGGAUGCAAAUGCGGCUCUGCUGAGCAAUUUUGAGGUAUUUCAGUUACUUACUGACCUAAAAGCUCAGCAAAGAGAUGGAAGAAAGAACAAGAACAGUGUGGGCCAGCAGAAUCUCAAUACCAUCAUGUAUGAGACUCUAAAAUACCUGUCUAACAGUCCCUGUCAAAAGCAAAGUCCUGAAAUAGUGCAAGAAUUCCUAACUGCCGUGAAAGAGCAUAAGCUAACCAAAGCGGAAAAACUGCAGCUUCUUAACCACCGACCUAUGACAGCAGUAGAAAUUCAACUGAUGGUGGAGGAAAGUGAAGAAAGGCUGACAGAGGAACAGAUUGAGCAGCUCAUCCAGACGAUCACUAGUAUUCUUCCUGGUGACCCAGAAGCUGAGACACAAGAGCAAACUGAAAUGGAAGAAGAUGACAUUCCACAAGAAUAAGAUUUAGGCUACAUGCACACGACAGUAUGUGCUUUGCGGUCCGAAAAAAAAAAAAAAACGGAUGCCAUCCGUGUUUUUUCUUUUUUUCUUUUGCGGAUCCAUUGUAACAAUGCCUAAAACGGACA